AUGGUGGCUGCGGCGGUCCGCGGAGCCGUGGACGGCGGCGCGCCGCGCCGCACUGUCGCUGCCGUGGCACGCUCCGCCGUGUCGGCCGCCGCCUUCGCGGCGCGGUCGAUUCCGCGGGAGCCUGCCGCCGCGGGCGGCGGAGUACGCCCUGAAGUGCCUGCCGACGCCGCUCCUCGCGCUUCCUCGGAGGCGCUGCGCGAGCGGCGGCGCAGGCGCCGUCAGAGGCGUGCGGGGCGGCGCGUACUGGAGCGAGGGGGAGCUGCGGCGAUGGCGGAUGCAGUGGUGGCGGAUGGCCCGCCGCCCGCUGCGGUCCCCGCUGCCGCUGGCGGCCCCAACACGGACAACGACGGCGGCGACGACGUCGAGUUUGACGACGCCUGGGCGGACGAGGCCGUGCCGAGGAGGCGCAGGCCGCGUCGUGCUGGGGCGUGUGCUGCUGCGGGAGGCCCUACUGGACCAGGCGGCGUGCCGCUUGCGGAGGCAGGAGCUGUACGUGGUGGCGGCGAUGCUGCGGCGGCGGCGCCUGCGGUGGCUGUGGCCGCGCGGGCGCUGGCGGCGACUGGAGCUGAUGGCGCGGGCGGGUCGCUGCGCCCGCUGCUGGCGCGCAGGGUGGCCACAAGCUCUCGCCUCAGGUGA